AUGUCUAUCAACAAAACCGGGAAAGGAAAGCCGGUCAUCGCCACAAUGUCCCUCGCGACAGCAGCAACCCAGACCCUCCUCCGCCCGCAAACGUGGCCGGCGUCGAUCUGGGUCCUCCUCCUCACGGGGCUCGCCUACGCCGUCGGCUUCCUCGCCUACCGCCCCUCGUUCCCGCGCAACGCGCCCAAGGUGGUGCGCGGGUGGCCCGUCCUCGGCACGCCGCGCUUCUUCACGGACCGGGGGAAUUUCCUGGCCGAGGGGGCGCGGUCGGGCCGGUUCGGGAACUGGAGUUUUUAUUUUGGGAAGAUGAGGAUCGUGGGGUUGUCCGGGGACGCUGGGCGGCGUGUGUUUUUUGAGAGUCGCGAUUUGGAUUUUACAAAGGGAUACGGCGCCCUCUUCAACGCGACCCCGCGCAUCGACGUCGCUAAAAACGGGACCCAAGUCGAGGAAGACAGCUUCGGCGCCAAAUUCAACCGUAACCUCGUCAAGCUCCUCCGCAAGGAACUCCUCGACACCCGCCUCCCGCUGCUGAUCAAAGACACGCGCGACACGAUGGACGAGCUCGCCGCCCGCGUCGGCGAGACCCCGACCGUCGCGGACGACAUCGCCGGGUCGGAGACGGAGGGCGUCAGCGACCCGUUCGAGGACAUGUACCGCCUCGUGUUCAAGCUCACGAUGCGCAUGGUCGGCUGCGACGAGAUCGCCGAGGACGAGGACCUGCUGCGGCGCGUGCUGCGGAUAUUCGAGGGGAUCGACGGCGCGAGCACGGCGACCAAGGUCAUGUUUCCUUGGAUGCCGACGGUGGGGCACCUGAGGAGGGUGUACAGCGGCGCGCGGAUGUACAUGAUCCUGGAGAAGAUUAUCAAGGAGAGGAAGGACCGCGGGGUUCCCGGGAGCGACGCGCUGCAGUACCUGAUGGAGAACGGGGACAGCACGGUCGAGAUGGUUGCGUUUAUCGUCGGCGCGCUGUUUGCGGGGUUGAUUAACAGCGGGAUCAACGCCGCGUACCUGCUGUGUUUCAUGGCGACGGAGGAGACGUGGUAUGAGAAGGUGCAGGAGGAGGUGGACGGUGUUAUUGCGCGGCAUAGGCUGUCCGAGGAGGAGAGCGCCGAGCAGGUUCUGGGGAGGCUCGAUAUGGAGACGUGGGAGGCCGAAUUUCCGAUGAUUGAUUUGGGGUUGAAGGAGACGAUUCGGCAUACGAUUACGGGGUGCGGGUUCCGGUAUAACGGGAGCGGGAAAGAUGUUGCCAUCGGUGGGAGUGGUGAGGUUGUGCCGGAUGAUGCGUAUGUUGUGUACCAUUUCGAUACCACGCACAUGGAUCCGGGGUUCUUCCCGGAGCCGUUGCGGUGGGAUCCGGGACGGUAUUUGCCUGGGCGGGAGGAGGAUAAGAAGGAUCCGCAUGCGUUUAUCGGGUGGGGUGCUGGGAGGCAUCCGUGUCUCGGGAUGAGGUUUGCGAAGAUGGAAAUGGCCGUCACGACGGCGCUCUUUGUCGCGAGGUUCAACUAUCACCUGGUGGACGCCAAGGGGAACAGGAUGGCGAGGGUGCCCGAGGACUCUGUGGAUCGGAACAAGCACUCUGCGUCCAAGCCAAGGGAGAAGAUGUUUUUGAAGUAUUCACUCAGGGCGUAG